AUGUCCAUCCAGACACCAAGAGAUCCAUUCACAACACUGGUUCUUGGGGUUAAUAAAUAUUCCACCUACUUUGGCCAAGCCUGGCUAUUGGUAUAUGUGAUUCGGGUCAUUCUCUACUUUGUCUCUGGCCAGUACCUGAGGGUUGAUAUGAACAAUGAUUUUCUGUGCAACACAUGCCAGCCAGGCUGUACUAGAGUCUGCUAUGACCACCACUUCUCCGUAUCUCUCAGCCUCUUAUGGGGUCUUCAGCUCGUCUUCAUCACCUGCCCGGCCCUGCUGGUACGGUGCCAUGCCAUACAGAACAGCCACAAGGGGGCGCCCCUGUUCAACUUGACAGAAAAGCAUCAUGGCGGCCUGAGGUUCAUGUACCUGCUCAGCCUGGUCCUGAUGGCUGGUUUGGAAGUGGCUUUCCUCUAUAUCUUCCAGCGCAUCUACGGUGGUUACAACAUGUCCAAGCUCUCCAAGUGCCAGGUGCCGCCGUGCCCAAACACCGUGGACUGCUUCCUCUCACGGCCCACUGAGAAGAAGAUCUUCACUCUGUUCAUGGUGGUGUCAGCCUGUGUCUGCAUCCUCAUGUGCCUCUGUGAGAUGAUCCACCUGAUCUACAAGAGGAUCCACAAGAAGUUCAACCAACACAAACAAAAACGCCACCAGAUGUCUGCUCAGAGCCAUGAGCUUGGUGAGCUCCUGACUCCCAGGACCGACCCAACCGCCUUCAAAUCCCUAUCCAAACACCCAUCCAAAUCCCCAUCCCCAUCCAAAAACCCGACCAGAACCCUGUCCAAAACCUUGGUCCAAUACCCCCACAGCCCAACAACCUCCAUUGCCUCUAAAGCCAAACAGACAUAUCUAUAG